AUGUUGGAAUUUUGUUCGUUCAUAUUCAACGGGCAGCACCCAACAGCAAUCAUCAUGCCCUCUUCCUCCUACUCCUCCUCCCCUCUGACUCUUCAUCCCUAUCAUCAUUACCCCCUCAUGAUCACCACCACCACCACCACCAUCACUUCCUCUGCCCCUCCCCUUUUCAUCAACAUCCACCAUCUUCACAUCCCAAGACCAAAAAAACCACAAAAGGAACAACAAGAUCAAGAGGAAGAAGAAGAAGAAGAAGAAGAAGCAUCUGGGCUCUGGUGUUUGGUUAAGAGAAAACCCUAGCUAGAAUCUCUCAUGAAUAUGGCUAGCUGAUGGUGUGAAAGGUCUUUUUCUUCAAAGGAUCAAACACCUGCAGCACCAUAGACGGGGAAUCAAGCGUCUCGGUCCGAUUGCUCGCUAGAUCAACCAAAAUCAUACAUGUUCUAUGCAAGUUUUGUCUACCUAGUCGGUUAAUUAAUUUUCUUUUCAUUUUGAUAUCAUUCAGUGAAUGUUUAUAUCUUUGUUUUGCACAUGCGUUGAUCUAAUGGUUUUAAGUACUGUAUGUUUAGGUCAUUUAUAUAACAAGAAAAAGAACAUGAUGAUGAGCUUAAUACUAUAUAUGUGUGUUUUGUUUGUUAAUGAACUAACGUUCUGAAA